UCUUAAUGCGGGAACGGGAUCUGCUCGUCACACAUGAGUAGGAUGUGCGUGUGAGGCGCCUUGCGUGACGAGUAGAUCCGGUCUCCUUAAUGCGCGCUGCGAUGUGCAUGUGAGGCGCUGAUGUGAUCUGCUUGUUGAAAACCCGUUUCAAUUUGUUCUUCCCGAUGUGCGGAUAAAGAUGUGUUGUGACUGUGAGGUUGGUGUAAGUAGAGAUCCGGACUCUGGAUUGAGGUGGAAAAGUCCGCUGGUGCUGGUCGUAUUCCACGCACGACUUUGACAGAUAUUUUGUGAUUGUUCUGAUUGGAUUCACAUGCCACGAGAAUCGGCCAAUCAGGACGUGAUGGACUUCAAUGGUGCUUGACCUAAUUGCAGACAAGUAAAAGGGUCCUAAAUUUGCAAUACAGUCUUGCUGCUUCACUCUGUCCAGUUCGUCAAGUUCAGUGCGAGAGCAAGAGAGAGAGAGAGAGAGCGAUCAGACAAAAUGGGGGAAUCGAAGACUGUUCAUUCACCAUUGAUCACUUAUGUUUCCAUGCUUUCUCUUCUCACCUUAUGUCCUCCUUUCGUUAUUCUUCUAUGGUAUACGAUGGUCCAUGCUGAUGGGUCUGUUUCUCAGACUUGGGAUUACUUUAAGCAACAUGGUUUUCAGGGUUUCAAGAACACUUGGCCAAAACCGACUGCUAUUGCUUGGAAGAUCAUUGCAUGCUUUGCAGUGUUUGAAGCUGUGCUUCAGCUCUUUCUACCUGGGAAAAGAGUUGAGGGCCCCAUUUCACCUGCGGGGAAUCGACCUGUCUACAAGGCAAAUGGCUUGGCAGCAUAUGCAGUAACAUUGAUUACAUACCUCGGCCUUUGGUGGUUUGGCAUAUUCAAUCCUGCGAUUGUCUAUGAUCAUUUGGGAGAAAUAUUUUCAGCACUAAUAUUUGGAAGCUUCAUCUUUUGCAUCUUUUUAUACAUAAAGGGUCAUUUGGCACCAUCGUCUACUGAUUCUGGGUCUUCAGGAAACUUGAUAAUUGAUUUCUACUGGGGAAUGGAGUUGUAUCCUCGAAUAGGUAAAGACUUUGAUAUAAAGGUUUUUACCAACUGCAGAUUUGGCAUGAUGUCCUGGGCAGUUCUUGCUGUGACAUAUUGCAUCAAGCAGUAUGAGGAGUAUGGCCGAGUAGCUGACUCUAUGCUAGUAAAUACUACAUUGAUGCUGGUAUAUGUAACCAAGUUUUUUUGGUGGGAAGCUGGUUACUGGAAUACAAUGGAUAUUGCACAUGAUCGAGCUGGGUUUUAUAUUUGUUGGGGAUGCUUAGUAUGGGUUCCAUCUGUGUAUACUUCUCCUGGGAUGUACUUAGUUAACCAUCCUGUAAAUCUUGGUGUUCAGCUUGCUAUAUAUAUUUUUCUUGCGGGUAUUGUAUGCAUAUAUGUCAACUAUGACUGUGACCGUCAGAGACAAGAAUUCCGAAGAACAAAUGGGAAAUCUUUGGUUUGGGGGAAGGCUCCAUCAAAGAUAGAGGCCUUUUAUCAUACCACAAGUGGUGAAAAGAAAUCCAGCCUUCUUCUCACUUCAGGAUGGUGGGGUUUAUCUCGACACUUCCACUAUGUGCCAGAAAUUUUAGCUGCUUUCUUCUGGACUUUGCCUGCUCUUUUCAGUCAUUGUCUGCCAUACUUCUAUGUUGUGUUUCUGACAAUCCUGCUUUUUGACCGAGCAAAAAGAGAUGAUGACCGUUGUCGAUCCAAGUAUGGAAAAUACUGGAAGUUAUAUUGCAACAAGGUUCCUUACAGAAUAAUACCUGGAAUCUACUGAAGAGAAUGUUGAAGGAUUAAAUACGGUUAUCAUGAUCCUGCUAUGCUUGUGUAUGACUGAUAUUUUCUUCUAUGCAUCAAUUGCUUGUAAUUUUUGAUAUUGCUCCAUUGAAUAGUGUAUGAAUAGUCCUAUCUGAGUAUCAACCUAUGUUUCAUAACAACAAACAGACUAUGGAUAUCAUUUGGGUUGUUGUAGAAUAGGUGAAUACUGAAUUUAUAAUUGUGUCGUGUCAACUUGCAUCUUCCAAAAUUUGCAGUGCUUUUUCCCCUUCUUUGGAGGAAGCAACUUCUCAAC